GGACAAAUUUCUUAGUGGGUUCAUAACAACGCUGCCGGACGUUUAUUGACCAAGAAAAGUGCCCCGAUAUUUGUGAAAUUGUGUGAAAAUCCACCCGGAAAAUGUCUUUUAAGGGCAAUGCCAAGGUGCAGAAGGUGAUGGUGCAGCCCAUCAACCUGAUUUUCCGCUACCUGCAGAACAGAUCGAGGGUUCAAGUGUGGCUGUUUGAGAAUGUAAACACCCGGCUGGAGGGGCACAUUGUGGGCUUCGAUGAGUACAUGAAUCUCGUCCUGGAUGACUCGGAGGAGGUCAAUAUCAAGACCAAGAACCGCAGACAACUCGGAAGGAUAAUGCUGAAAGGGGACAACAUCACGCUAAUCCAGAAUGUCAAUCCGGGCUCUGGGAUGCAAAUGUGAGGUUAGGGCGGACUGUCCGGGAAGCUGGAGGAACACCAUCAGCGACUAAUUCUAAGAUUGUAGGGGAAAUUCUGGGGGGAUAUCUGAAAUAAAGUGUAUUAUUUUUCUGAUUUCAGAAAUCCUGGCA